ACAAGGGGAGGAUUGUUUGCAAUUGAUGUCACUUCAGUCAAGACUCUAAUCUUGCAGACAGUUUCACCAAAUUGUACCAGAUGCUACUAUCGAGCUGGCUGGCUGCUCUGUUUACAGGGCGGAACAGACAAAGGCCUGUGGGAAGAAUAGGGGAGGAGGACUGUCUAUCUAUGUAAACAAUAAAUGGUGCACAGCCGUGGACAUGGUGGACAAACACUGCUGCCCGGAUGUGGUGCUCCUUACGGUAAGGUGUAGACCAUUGUUUCUCCCGAGAGAAUUCACGACAAUAAUAAUUAUGGCAGUCUACAUCCCCCCUCAAGCUAAAGCUGAGUUAGCACUUUUAAAGCUACAUGACAGCACCAACAAACAGCUGAUGGUGUACCUGAACAGUGUGAUCAUUGUAGCAGGGGACUUCAAUCAUACAGAUCUCAAACUGGUCAUGCCCAAAUGCUGCAAGAAUGUAAAUUUCCCCACAAGAGAGAACAAUGCACUAGACCAAGGCUGUGGUCGAAUAGUCUUUUUUGCUCGGGAAGGCUCCUAACUGAGUGAAAUGACCUGGAAGUAUUUAAGUGGUAGCCAUGAUAAGAGCAGGUCAAAUUCUCUAACUCAUCGGUGUCAAACUCUGGCUCGCGGGCCAAAUUUGGCCUGCAGUGUAGUUAUAUUUGGCCUGCGAGGCAAUACCAAAUGACUACUAGGGCUGGCCCGCCGGUAUUACACAGCGCAUGUACCGCUCAUACUACAAAUCCCAGAAUGCACUGCUGGUGUUUUGGCACGUCAAUCAGGACAGGACCCAUAAACACCCUCUCCUCUGUUGACAGUAGCCAUAGCGACCUCAUGCUACUACUGGCACCGUGCUACCCCUCCCAAAAAUAGUGAAAAGAAAGACAGAAAAUAGAAUAUCUGUUUACAUAUGUAAAAGACAGACCUGUUUGUCUUGUAUGUGGAGCCAACAUGGCUAUAACCAGAGAGUACAACAUUAGACGACACUAUGAAACGAAACACCACGACAAGUACAAAGACAUGGACAUGACUCAAAGGCACCAGAAAGUAGAGGAAAUGAAAAGAAGUUUGGUUUCACAACAGACUAUGUUCAAAAAAGCCAUAUCACAAAGUGAGGCUGCUGUAAAGGCUAGUUUUAUUGUGGCAGCAGAGAUUGCAAAAUCAGCCCGGCCCUUCAAUGAGGGAGAGUUUGUGAAAAAGUGCAUUAUGAAAGUUUGUGACCUCGUGUGCUCAGAGAAAAAGCAAGCAUUUUCAAAGGGAAAAGAUUUCAUUGCAUUCUCCCUUGCUGUGGAUGAGAGCAGCGACACAUCUGAUACUGCCCAGUGUCAGUCUUCAUCCGUGGAGUGGACUCAAAUCUGUGUGUUACGGAGGAACUUUUGGGAUAAACUCGUGGGACUAACGACAGAUGGUGCACCAGCGAUUUGCGGUCAAAAGAGUGGACUGGUGGGCAGGGUUUGGGAGAAGAUGCGGGAGGAGAACUGUGCAGAUCCAACAGUUGGUGCCUGAAUUCUUGCUACGUGAUGCACAUUUCUCCUCACUCCUGGACAUCACUCCUGGAUUUGGGGGUGUUACAGAGAUAAAACUGAGCUACUGA